AUGAUGCACAGAGAAUCUUGCGCUUGUGGCACCAGCAGUUUAGAACUGUUUAAAGUGCCCCCGACCAACGUCACUUUAGAAGAUUCGAAAUGGAUGGAAUAUUACCCCAUUUCCAGUACCCUCAACUCGGAUACGGCUCCGAUUGAAUUUGAAAUCAAAGGACAAGGAGAUGAAUAUCUGGAUUUAUCCCAAACUUAUCUCCAGAUGGUCUGUAAAUUCACGAAAGCCAAUGGAACGAAUCUCGCAGGAGGCCAUUCGACCUCCACCCCCGUGAAUAACAUUCUCCAUUCCUUGUUCAGUGAAAUCGAUGUCAGUCUCAAUGGAAAAGUCAUUACCCCGCGGACGGAUACUUAUCCCUACAAAGCGUAUCUGGAGAAAUUGUUGUCUUAUGCACCCAAGACUCUGGAAACCCAGAUGAGAGCCUGUAGCUUGUGGGAAAAAGAUACGGCAGGACAUAUGGAUGAGGUCAAAUUAGAAGCUCUGGCUCAAACUCCUGUGGAAUUUCCAGUAGUGAAUAACAAAAUCAGCAUCGCGGCCGUCAUCCCGACUCCCGAGUAUCCGGAUGAUUCCAAGAAUGUAGGGUUGAGAAAACGUCACGAGAAGAUUACAGACAGUAAGGAGAUCGUGUUGAUGGAUCGAUUACAUCUGGAUUUGUUUGAGCAAGAGAAAUGUCUCCCUAAUGGCUUGGAUGUCCGUCUCAGAUUCAAUCGCGCUCGACCCCAGUUCUACAUGAUGACCGCUGCCGGGAGUAGUGGGAAAGUGGGCAUUCAAAGUAUGAUCUUGUGGGUGAGGAAAGUCAAACCUGUGCCGAGUAUCAUUAAUCUCAUCAAUCAGCAACUGAGUACUCAAACGGCGAAAUAUCCAUUGAGACGAGUGGAAGUGAAAACCUUCACCAUUCCUAGUGGCACCCAAUCUAAAAUCACCGAUCAUCUGUUUCAAGGACAGAUGCCUAAACUGAUCGUGUUGGGCUUUGUGGACAAUGCGGCUUUUAAUGGGGAUAAUACCAGAAACCCCUUUCAUUUCCAAAAUGAGACAGACUGGGCUCCGGACAUUACCCUGGAAGAGUAUAAAAACGGUUACACCCUCUGGUGUGUGGAUUUCACGAAAGAUCAAGAAGCCCAGACGGAUAAAUUUCAUCUCAUACAGACGGGGAACUUGAGAGUGGAAGUGCAAUUUGCCGCCAACGUGGCCAGGACCUUAAACUGUGUGGUGUAUGCCGUGUUCGACAAUCUGCUAGAAAUCAACAAACAACGAGAAAUGUCUGUGGACAAUACUGUGUGUAUUUUUUACAUCAACGCCAUCGCCAUAGAAGCACCGUACAAGAAUGGUUACUUCCCUGGAAAGGCACGGCCUUACAACGCGAUCGUUUUGUGGCUGAUUGGUUUAAAGAGACCUUCCGAAAACCGAGAACCCAUCAAGGACAAACUUGUCAAUGUCAAAGACUGA